AUGAAUAAUAAUUUAUUUCUUACAGGCAAUGAGCACAUAAGAGUCUGCACGUCUAUACCGGGUUGUCUUUUUUCGACUAUAUGUCUUAAAAUAUUGGAAGUCAACUUUUUUCCAAGAUCAAUUACGGUCUGCCCACAAAUGAAUGUAAGUUCCAAAUCACGGAAAUGGCAGAUUUCGUACACAUGUAUCAGCAUUAAUACUCUAAACACAACAUUACCACCAGGAAUGGUUAUGUCGGGAAUUACUACUUUAAGACCACUAAUUCAAAGCGGAGGAGUUCCUGCAGGACAGAUUGGACAACCUAGACCAGCAGGAAUGUUAAUUGGUCAGAUGGGAUUAGCCAGACCGCCAGGAAUGAUAAUUCUUUCAAGUCCAAUGAGUUUAGGAACUGUGAGACCUUUAUUACAAACUACGGGAAUGUUAGCUGGACAAAUGGGACAGGUGAGACCGUUAGGAAUGAUGACUUUAAGACCAGUAGUACCAACUGGAGUAUCGGUAGGACCAAUUGCAUUACCUAGCCCGCCAGGUACGGUAAUGAUAGGAAUAAAUCCAUUAUUGCAAACAACAAGGAUAGUGCCUGUACAGGUGGGGUAGGUAAUAGCAUUAGAAUUAAUUGCAAAUGUAAGAACAUUGAAACGACUAGUGGAACAUUAGCGAUACAAAUGGCCCGAAAUGGUCAUGUUUUUAACAGGUUCAAUAAUUCUUAUGACAUUCACAAUACAGAUUAUUUCCUUAACCUUAUAAGAAUAAGAAUUAAUUAACAAUAAGAAUUAAUUCUACAAAAGAUGAAUAUAUCUAAACAAAAAAUACCUGCACGCGUAACCCAAGAAAUUUAUAUAUGU